AUGAGUAGUGUGAUUGACAACUUGAAGCAGCAACUACAAGAGAUUCCUGAAAUCAAUAGCAUCGAAGUGUUAAAUUCAGUCAUUUGUUUAAAGGAGCUUUCUGGACAAACUCAAUUAGAAGGAAAGUGGAUCCAAUUAACUAAUGUCUGCAAAAUUCUCGGCGAUGCAGCUCGCGCAGAAACUGUUCGUACCCCCUUGGGAAACGCACGCGUCAUUGAAGAUUUGGCGACCUUGCUACAACGAGUGCCUUCAGAAGAGACAGAUUUUCAUAUUCAAGCGCUUCGUGUCCUUGGCAAUAUGUGCUUUGAUCAUGAGGAAAAUCGUAAACAUGUCAAGGAUUCUGGGGUCAUAUCAACUAUUUCUCCCUUCUUUCAUAGUCAGAAAAAGGAGUUACUGCCCUUUGUUUGCGGAUUCUACUUGAACAGUAGUAUGGAUUAUGCCCCUAUUCAGAGUCAAUUGAGCGAGUGUGGAGCAGUAAAGUCUCUUAUUGAGCUCAUGGAUCCAGACACUGGCAUUACAGAUGAUAACUGUAUCACAAUGUGUAUGAAGAUUUUGGACGGAAUAGCAUCCAAUGAGGAGGCACGUAAGAUGGUUGCAGAUACUUUUGCUGUUAAGAUACUUGUCAAGAGACUUAUUUACGAAUUGAAGUGCUUGGAGCAUUUGGAUAUGCUAGAUAGUUUGGCAUGCUCUUUGCUUGAAAUCGUUAUGGAUGAUGAUAUCCUGCAGAACGAAAUAGUCGAUUUAGGAGUAUUAGAUGAGCUGCUGGAUUUCCUUGAGAAUACGACUAUUGAGACAGGUCUCGCUAAAGAGGAAAAAGAGACGUUGGGCGAGAUAAAAAAGGCUGUGAUGAGACUUGUUGUUUAUUCACUAUCGACUGACUCAAAGAUGGACGAACUCUUUAACGAUCAGCAUCUUUUAUCAAGAUUGAUGAAAAUGAUGACCAAUCCUGUGGCUGUUGUGCAUCAAUGUGCUGUUUAUGCUCUUGGAAACCUUGCGAGAUCAGAUGAUCAUUGCAUCGAAUUGGUUGAGAAAUACAAGUUAUCAAAGCAUUUGCUUGAUUUAUUUCAGCGUACUGAAAAUGCUACAUUUCAAUAUGCAAUUCUUGGAUGCUUAAAACACUUGUGUCUCCCUAUAACAAAUAAACCAUUGAUUGGUAACGAAAACUGCAUUCAGAUCGUCUCAUCAACAUUAGAUCAGUCAAAGGAUAUGCUGAAAAGAAACCAAUUUCUUAGUAUCGGUAUCAUCAAGUUACUGUGUACUGGCAACUAUAAGAACUCAGUAAAGGUUAUCGAUGGAGGCGUGUUAUCUCUGAUUAUAUCUUUUAUCAAACGUGUGGAUGAUCCAGCUGCAAAGAGCGAAGCGACGAGAGUGAUAACAAAUGUGAUCAAGGCAAUAUGGGUUGAGGAAGAUAGUAAAGAUCUACGCACCAAACUGCUGGAGUCAGAUGCUAUCAAACCUAUUGUUGAAUUGAUUUGUACAACUCAAUUCGAUGUAUUAAAAAAUGACGGUAUUAUGGCUCUUAAUUUAGUCUUUUCGGAUAAGCAUUAUCUCUCAUUUAUGGCUCCAUUGUUUCCUCUUUUGACAACGGAUGAUUACGAUGUGAAUGGACAAAAGAUGUCAUUUGUAACGUGUAUGUCGAAUGAUAUUUGUGAAAGUAAGCUCCCUGUUCAGAUUAAAUGUAAUAUUUGUGUUUUGCUUUGUCAAAUUAUUGAAGUUGCUAGUCUUGUGGAACAAAGAGAUACCAUUGAAUUGAUCAAAACUCGUUACUUAAAUCGACUGAAGCUUAUGAAACCGGAUGACGUCUUACAAACAUAUGUUAGUACCUUGUUAAACGCAUUAGAAAGUAAAUAA